AGCCCCUUCUCUCUCUCUCUCUCUCUCUCUCUCUCUCUCUCUAACCGCUGGAGCGAGAGAGCUACGCCCGAAUCCACUCCCGUAGCCCUUCACUAUAUUUUGGGGUGGCGGGGAGCAACCUCCCGGAUCCCUCCUCAUCGUUUUUCCUCGAUCCGGCGGUUAAGUCUCCCGGGGAUUUAGACGGGGGUUAACCGCGGAAUGCGUUCUCCUUGCCUCGAAUCGAAACGAACACACUUAAACCUCUCCGUUUAGAUUCCAAGAACUCAGCACCAAAGUACUCUAAUGGGGGACUCCGAUUGCUCCGUUUCGCUCUCCAACCUCAUCUGCCAGGAGGAUGGAACAAGUCUUCUCCUUGGCGAUGAUGGUGAAGAGGCAAGGUGCGAUGUGGUAACGGUUUAUAAUGACGGCUGUAUUCUCUCGGAAACGGAGGAGGAUGACUACAUCGAGAUGCUGGUCUCCGAAGAAAGUGGCUGCUUUCAUAGCAGAACCCAUGAUGAAUCCUGUGAAGAUUGGCUGAAAUGCGCUCGCUCUGAUGCCAUCCGAUGGAUUCUUAAACAGACUACGGUUUACUUUGGCUUCUGCUCGAAGACAGCCUACAUGGCUGUGACUUAUCUCGAUCGGUUUCUUAUCCGCCGAACGAUUGAUGAUAAGCGGAAGACUUGGGCAGUUCAAUUACUGUCGGUGGCUUGUUUGUCCCUGGCGGCGAAGAUGGAGGAAUGCAAGGUGCCGGCGUUGUCGGAGUUCCGAUUGGAAGAAUAUGAUUUUAAUAGCAAUGCGAUACAGAGGAUGGAGUUUCUUGUUUUGAAUACUUUGGAAUGGAGGUUGAGUUCAGCGACUCCAUUUGCAUAUUUAGGUUAUUUCGCGUCCAAGUUACAAGAACAAAAAUCGAAUAAUUUCAUGGCAAAAGCCACUGGAUUUGUUUUUGCAGCCACCAGAGUGAUAAAUUUAGUGGAUUAUCGCCCAUCAGUCAUAGCAGCAGCAGCAGUUCUAGCCGCAUUUGAUGAAAGAUUAACCCAAAAGUUGGUGGAGUUUGAGAUGAGAACAAUCUCUCUAUGUGGAUCAUUGCAAACCGAGCAUGUGUUAUCCUGCUAUAGACUGAUGAUUCAGGAGUCCCACAAGGAGGCGCUGAAACCAUCAAGGAAUUUAUUUUCCUCGGAUCUAUCGGCAGCCAAUUGUGUGGGCACCAACAGCUCCUCUGUUGAUGCAAAUGACACCACCUCUUUCACAGCGAGAAGCAGCAAGAGGAGAAGGUUAGAAUCGCCGCAUGCAGAGUAGAAAUCAGAGACCCAGGCACUGGUUUUUAGUUUGACAGUCAAUGGGGCAUGAUUUGAUUCUCUAGUUAAGGCAGAUUUGUAGUUUUGGAUGAUUGACUUAGCUCGAAGAAGGUUUGGCUUUGAGGUUCUGAGAACGUCUUUCCCACACAAGUUGGUGUAAAAAGAAGGGAAAGACAAGAAAAAGAAAGGCAAAAGUAACUGCUCGAAGUGAAAAAAAAAAAAAAAAGUCUGACUGAAGUUUAAAAAAAGCUAGGAGGAGAUCAACCCCAACAGGCUACAGAGGAGUGGUUUUUGGUUCAUAGUGUUGCAAGUAAUCCUUUUGGUUUAUAGCCCUUGUUAUUCAUUUAUGAAUACUUAAACAGUAUUCAUUGGAAUUCCUUCUUUGUAUUUGUUUCUCCCUAAUGUGUGAUGUGGUGAGACCCAUGAGGCCAGUGGAGAGAGUCUUGUAAACUGUAGUCUACAAUGAGAGAGAGCUGGUAUGAUCAGAUGCACUUGGGAUGCAUGCUGGCCAGCUGGAAGUUUGUAAAAAGGUGGGUGAAACCGUGAUUGGAUUUGGUUGUGUCUUGGGAAUGAGAUGGUACUGUCUCUAUUGUUUUGCUUUGUGUUGUGCCAUUAAUCAGAACCUAGCUUUGCUUGU